AUGCUCAACUUUUUGAAGCAGGGCGGCCGGUUGGUGGUGCCCGAAUGUCCGGUUAUUAUAAAAUCGCUAAUGAAGCGGUGCUGGUCGUUCGGCGCAGACGACCGACCGGAUUUCGAAGAGAUCAGAUCGACGAUAUAUGCCAUUUUAAGGGCCGUUAAUGGGGGUGACGGGUAUUUGGAUGUCGCAUUGGACUAUUGCCAAGUU